AUGAUUCCCACUCUUGCCCGGCUCGGCCGUUCCGUCUGGAAGGGCCCGAACAUUGUCCCUCUCCCCCUCCCCGCCAAACUGCCUCCUCCCCCAGGCACGCCGCCCAUCCGGACUCAGAAACGCGCCGCCACCAUCUUGCCCAAUUUCGUGGGGUUGAAGUUCGCAGUCCAUAAUGGAAAGAAUUAUCAGGAUGUUUUCAUCACGGAGGAGAUGGUCGGGAGGAAAUUGGGUGAAUAUGCGCCGUAUGUGUGA